UGGUGAAAAAAAAAAAGAAUAUUGAAUGUGGUGUGGAAAUUUGACCCAUAUGCCCUGGGGCUGGCGUUUAUUGUAGCUGGCUAGUUGCCUUGCCCCCAUCGCAUCACACAGAAUCAGAGGAAAGGAGACGUACGAUAUGGAUAGGGUCUUCUCAGUGGACGAAAUCUCCGAUCACUUCUGGCCGCCGCCGAUCCCCGUCUCCUCCGCCCAAGACUCCUCCAAGAUGACCCGCAGCGCUUCCGAGUGGGCCUUCCAGCGCUUCAUCCAGGAGGCCACUGCUUCCGCCUCCUCUCCGCCCUCUUCCUCCUCCGACGUCGUCUUCGUCGAGAUCGACGACCAACCCAAACCCCCUCCCAACAACGCCACCCCUUUGCCCAAUGCCUCUGCUCCCCUCCCCCUUGACUCCCAGGACUAUCAGGCCUUUCUCAAGAGCAAGCUCAAUCUCGCAUGCGCCGCCGUCGCCAUGACUAGGGGAUCUCUGGCCACAGCUCAAGAUUCAUCCACUCUUCCCAACGGUGGAUUACAUUCAUCUAAUCCUUCUCAAGUUGGAUCUCAGACUACUUCUAAAGCAUCUAUUUCUUCUGUAAAUGAUCCACCUGAGUUACAAGAUAAAGAUACCAAAGUACCAGCUGGGAUUCCUUCUGUACCUACCAUUCAAAAGAAACCUGCUGUUGCUGUUAGGCCAUCAACAAGUGGAUCAUCAAGAGAACAAUCUGAUGACGAGGAUAUUGAGGGAGAGACAUCCAUGAAUGAUAACAUGGACCCUGCUGAUGCAAAACGAGUCAGGAGGAUGCUAUCCAAUCGGGAGUCAGCCCGGCGCUCAAGAAGAAGAAAGCAAGCCCAUUUAACUGAUCUGGAAACACAGGUUUCACAAUUAAGAGGUGAAAAUUCUUCUCUGUUAAAGCGCCUUACUGAUGUUAGUCAGAAAUACAAUGACUCUGCUGUUGACAACAGAGUAUUAAAAGCUGAUGUUGAAACAUUAAGAGCAAAGGUGAAAAUGGCUGAAGAAACCGUCAAAAGAAUUACUGGGUUGAACCCAAUGCUUCAUGCAAUGUCUGAGAUAUCAUCAAUGGGCAUGCCAUCAUUUGAUGGACGAAGCCCUUCGGACACUUCAGCUGAUGCAGCUGUUCCUGUGCAAGAUGACCCACAUCAUCACUUCUAUCAACCAACAUCUAGUAACCCUAUUCCCAGUCAUGAUCUGAGAGUGAACAAUGGGUUAGGGGGCAUUUCUACAAUUGAAAAUGUGCAGCAGAACGCUGCAGCAGUGGUAGGUGGGAACAAGAUGGGUCAAACAGCUUCCCUUCAGCGGGUGGCUAGCUUGGAGCAUCUUCAGAAGCGGAUUCGUGGUGGUGUGGAUCCAUCUAAUGGGGAGCAGUAAUUAAAUAGACUAAUCUCAUCUCAUGAAUUAAUCUCUAAAAACAGUAAUUUCUGUGUUCUUUACAAGUAAAGCCCAUUCUUCUGGAAUACCUUGUAAAUCAAUUUAUGGAGCACAUGAUACUGGAUUCAAUCAGUGCACCUCGUAUCUUCUCUCGAUAUUUUUCCCAGUAAAAAUCUCCUGAUGAUCGGAUUUGGUCUGUA